CUCACAUUAUCAAACGCAGAAUCCACUUUAAUCCUAGGCUAUAAACGAAAUCUUCGUGAAAAUGUGUUAGCGUUAUCACUACGUCAGACAAUAUAACAUGUCGGCAAUAACCUUAGUUAUUAUCCUUUACGACGAGUUAAUUCGUGUCGUUGUCACACAAAUAUUUAGAGCUUGCCUGCUUGCUUGUAUAAAAAAAGGACGUGACAGUAAACGGCGCACGAUUCGCUAGCGCCCGCGCCGGGAAAAUCAUUCCAUCGUAUCGACGACUCGAGCCGAACGUGGCCCGAACUCGAGGUGUCGUCUCAAGCUCAACAACCGCAAUCGAACGAAAAUGAAGUGCCAGUGUAAUCAUCAUCAAUGAAGACGUUAUUAACAUGUGCUACAAAAAGAAGAGUGUGUGCCCACUAAACUUUAGUUUAACCCCAAACUGCAGGAACGCAACAAAGUGCUUAAGAUUUUUGAAACUACAUUUCAUUUUCCCGCUCCAAGGAACAAUAUGGAUUAUGAAAAGUUUGUGAUUGUCUGUGACGAUAUUAUUUUUUAAAUAAUUUUUAAGACUGUGUUAAAAGGUGUUUUUAGUGAUAAAAGUGGGAACAGAAGAAACUAGUCAAGAUGAUGUCCAAAAAGCAAUUGACUUGCAUGCUUGCAUUACAUUUGAUGUAUUUAUUGGUGGGUGCAAGCAUAUUUUAUCACAUAGAAAGUCCAUUGGAAGUCCAGCAAAGGGCUGAAGAAAAACUAGAAAGGCUUGAGAUACAAAAUUUACUUUACGAGAACUACAUUCCCGAUGAUCCGGAGAAACAGGACACAAUUCUUCGGAAGCUGUCAGACUAUUGCGGCAAGUCCAUGUUCAACUACACGACGCAGGACGCAGAGCCUCCUUUCAAAUGGGACUUCUAUCAUUCAUUCUUCUUUUCCUACACCGUCGUCAGUACCAUUGGUUAUGGUAAUUUGGCGCCAACUACUCAUUUGGGGAGAAUACUCAUGAUUUUCUACGGUCUGUUCGGUAUACCCAUCAACGGUAUCCUGCUCGCUAACCUCGGUGAAUAUUUUGGCAUGCAGCUGAUUUCAGUGUAUCGCAAAUACAAGAAGAGAAAUGAGAAAAGAGCCCACAACCUGGGGUACUACUUCACCAACCUCGGCAUGUUGGGGCAGAUCUUCCUCUACCUGGUUCCUGGCUUCCUCUUCUUCAUAUUCUUGCCUGCCUGCAUCUUCGUAGUCUUCGAAGGAUGGGAUUACGUCGCUGCCAUCUACUAUGCCUUUGUCACCCUCACUACAAUUGGUUUUGGUGAUUUGGUAGCAGGAACUGUCAACAACGGUUUCAAGUACGGCUACUUCUGCACUUACCAAAUUUUUCUUAUCAUCUGGAUCACCUUUGGUCUCGGCUACAUCGUCAUGUUACUUGGCUUCAUCACCAGCGGCAUGAGAUCAGAAAGAAUACACAAAAUCGAACAGAAGUUCGCGUGUCAGUUCAAGAAUACGCAGAACAAAAUCUUGCAAGGAUUUACCAAAGACCUAUCAGCUUUGAGGAAAAUUAUAAAUGAAGCAAACCUGAUAAAAAUAAAGCCCGUUUACGUGGAAGCGGCGCCACCGUUAUAUCGAAGUGUCAGUUGUCCAAUCUUCACCUACGAUGUGGAACCAAGAGGGCCAAUUUACAAGAGGAAGCGAGCGAACUCCGAAAACAUUCAACUUUCAGCAAAAGACAUGCUACGAAUUCAAUCUGAUACUGACCUACUUGGAAUUGAUAAAGAAAAGACAUUUACCGCUUCAGCUAUCGUGAAGCCAGCUGAAUUGUUAGCUCGUGUCGUAAAUGUAUUAGGAGGAUUGGAACAAGCGCAGAAAGAACGAGUCGAUAAAGGCGUUCAUCUAUUUGAUGACGAAGAUAUUUUAGCCAACGAAAGGCCACCGAUGUUUAGUAUUGGCAAAGACUAUAUACCAAAUAAUCCAAAAAGAAGUAGAGCGCUUAGUGUAGCUGUACCAAAUUAUAAAAAAGAAUAUAUCGCACAGGAUAAUCAUGAAUACACCUGGACUAAUGGUGAGUCGGCAGAGAAGUUUAGACGAGAAGCCAAUAUAAGAAGUGGCAAACUAUCACUACCUUCCAAGGUGCCAGGGGAAAGUGGACUACAACAAAAUAUAAUUACAAGAUUCUUCUUGAGAAAACAAAGCUCGACUGAAAGCUCACCUGAUCAAAAGAGUUCAGUGAAAGGCGGUACACAAGCAGUUAAUGAAAACGUUAAAGACGCCUCUAAGCAAAGACGAGGAAGUAUAUUCCCCUCGUUUGGAUCUGAUGAUCGCAGCUAUGUAGACGCUUAUAAAGAAAAGACUAAGAAAGGUAGGCAUAGUAUAUUCCCAACAUUUGAUUUUCAUAAUAACGACGAAGCUAGCGAUUACCUUGAAAGGACAAAUAGAGGUCGGCACAGUAUAUUCCCUACAUUCGAUUUUUCUGAAGACGAAGAUGCUGCAGCUGUGAGAGCAUAUCGACAGAAAACUAAGAGGCACAGUAUUUUCCCGACAUUUGACUUCAGUGACCCCGAUGAAGACGCAGAGCAGUACAGGGAGAGGACCAAACGUGGAAGACGUAGCAUAUUCCCUUCAUUCAAUUUCGGGGCUACUACAAGCAAUGAUGAAGACACUGUUGACGAAGAUGAAGUUAAGAAAUACCAAAAUCGAACGAAAAAAGGACGCUUGAGUUUGUUCCCGUCAUUUGGGAGAACUAAAAAGAAUGAUGACGAUGUCAUGCCAGAAAGUUCAGAUGAACUUGUUGAGACGACUACCAGACGCCGUGGGAGCUUGUUUCCAUCAUUUGGAGCAGCUCGAAAGAGUAGUUCACCAACUGAGAGUGACUUAGAAGCUACAAUAAAACAAUUUAAUAAACAAAAAAGACAAGGCCGCAACUUAUCUUUUGAAGAACCGUCUGAAUUCUCGAGUGAUUUGGAGCGUUAUAGGAAUAGGACAAAACAUGGUCGUCCGAGCUUAUUUGAUCCUGACGUUAACAUAACAAACCUUCCUGAAUCAGAACAAGUAGAAGUUUUGGAAAAUACGAGUGUAGCUGAUCUUCUCAGAGCCUUAGCAGUAUUAGAAACUGCUGCUGGUUCAUCAAACGAUCCACCGGGCCUAUUGGAUUUUAUAACUGAGCCCAUGGGUGAUUCGUCAAGACGACGUGGUUCACUGAGACCAGAUUAUUCAAUACCUACUCCACCAAGUAGGGACAGCCUUGAAGAGAAUAGACCAAGGCGUGUGGAGGAUUCAGGGCCUAGACGCAGGAGAGUGUCAGCUAGGGCCGCAGCUCCACAGUUUACUCCUACAUUAGCUACUGUAGUGGCUGGAGCAGAGCUACAGCUACCGACAGCUACUGCUGCACGAGAAAAUCGUAUGACGAUGUUGCAGCAACCUCCUCCUCCUUACUCAGAAACUGCUACUGAGGAGGAAGUUAAGCCUCGAAUAAGAAGAUAUUCCCCCGCGCCACCAGACGCCGGGCGAUCGAGUACGGGCCCCGUACCAAGGUUAUUCUCUCGAAUGCGAAGAGAAAGCGCUAAUUUAGAAGAUAAUGAUUCCAGACGUCAAAGUCUAACUGAUAUAGUUAUAGACAACUUGAAAGACAAAGACAAUACGUAACCCAAGUGCCUUAUUUAGUAAAAUUUAGAUUAAAAAUAUAUUUUAAUUGAUAAUUUAUUUAGAUAAGGUUAGGUUUAAGGAAAUGAUGAAUAUAAGCCGUCCAAUAUUU